UGGGUGGCCUUGCAUGUGUGUGAAUGGGAUGGGCUGAGGAGUAGUCAGUGGGAGGUGGAGGGAUACUCAACAUCUGAGAACAGAACUGUGGAUGGGUAUAUAGUGAGGAGAGUGGACGAAGCAGUCCAAGUGUUUCGCAGUGUUCGUAAGAGAGGAGAUCCACACAUAGAUCCCAUUCUGAGCAACAGCAGUAGUUUGGGGGGGGAAAAGACACUUAAGCUAUCCAGGAUGCGCGCUCUUGUGGUCUUGUCUCUGCUGCUGUGUGUUGUCGUGUGUUUGGGAAGUGCAAGAGCUGAGGUCAAGGCGGUGAAAUUGUGUGGCCGAGAGUUCCUGAGAGCUGUCGUGUACACCUGCGGAGGAUCUCGCUGGAGGAGGUUCCUCAUUGAGUCAGAAAUGGAUGGUGUGUCCACAGGAGAGGAGAAUAGUUUGGAAAGCAUCAAAAACCGGCCAAUGUCAGAUCUGAGUAGACGGGACAUAAACAAUGUCUUGACUACAGUGUGCUGCCAGGUUGGCUGCAGGAAGAGUGACCUCACCUUCCUCUGCUGAGUACGGCCACGCCUGCCAUCAUCUUCAUCGUCGUCUCCUGCCCAAUUGACCAGAAACUAAUCAGUCUUGCCUUAAUGUAACUUAAUUGUAAAUUACAACGCUUAAACUUAACAUAAUUAUUGUAUUAAUUACAAUUGUCAUUUUUUCAUUAAUUCUUUUUUUGGGUUAGGGAUGGGGUUUAUUUUAACUUAAAUAUAAAUGUGAGAAAAGCAAUUGUUGUAUUGGUAAACAUAUUUCUAAAUACCCCUAAUUGGAUAUUUGUGCAAUCAUCCCUGUAUUUUAAAUAAACCAACUAAAUUAAUGUUGGGAAUCAAGUGAAUAUCGUAGCAUUGUCACAUAAGGGUGGGGGAAAAAAUAUCAAAUGAUUUAAAAGUACUCAUCUCACUGUAUUUGCAGGUUUAUAAAUUGUCCUUGUGUUUUUUUAGUUACAUGUGAGAAUAUUCUUUAUUUUGUGAAAUAAAUGUUCUUGCACAAGAGUCCAUAUUUUUCUAUCUCUAAACAUAUAAUGUGCAGUAAAUUACAACUUUGCAGUCUGAACAUACAACAAAAUUCCCCUGUGAUCCAUGGCACUGACAAAUAAAAAUAUACUUCAAUGACCUUUGCCUUAAGCAGCCUCAAAUUUCGGCGGUUCUGGAUUCAGCUGGCUACGGCUUAAAUGUAUAGAUUUUGCAUCUUGCGCUUUGUUUGUUA